CGCAGGACGGCCGAGUGCGGAGCCGAGCCGCGGGGACGACGCCGCGCUCCCGAGGUCGCCGAGCCGCUCGCCAUGGCCAGCCCGCAGCCACAGCCGCCCUACCUGCACCUGGCCGAGCUGACGGCGUCCCAGUUCCUGGAAAUCUGGAAGCACUUUGACGCAGACGGAAAUGGAUAUAUUGAAGGUAAAGAGCUAGAAAACUUUUUCCAAGAGCUGGAGAAGGCAAGAAAAGGCUCUGGCAUGAUGUCAAAGAGUGACAAUUUUGGGGAGAAGAUGAAGGAGUUCAUGCAGAAGUAUGACAAGAACUCAGAUGGCAAAAUCGAGAUGGCCGAGCUGGCGCAGAUCCUGCCAACCGAGGAGAACUUCCUUCUGUGCUUCAGGCAGCACGUGGGCUCCAGCACCGAGUUUAUGGAGGCUUGGCGAAAGUACGACACCGACAGAAGUGGCUACAUUGAAGCCAACGAGCUCAAGGGAUUUCUGUCUGACCUGCUGAAGAAGGCAAACCGGCCAUACGAUGAACCCAAACUCCAGGAAUACACCCAAACCAUACUGCGGAUGUUCGACUUGAACGGGGAUGGCAAACUGGGCCUCUCGGAGAUGUCCCGACUCUUGCCUGUACAGGAAAACUUCCUGCUUAAAUUUCAGGGCAUGAAGCUGACCUCAGAGGAGUUCAACGCGAUUUUCACAUUUUACGACAAGGACGGGAGUGGCUAUAUUGAUGAGAAUGAGCUGGAUGCCCUUCUGAAGGAUCUGUAUGAGAAAAACAAGAAGGAAAUGAAUAUCCAGCAGCUCACCAGCUACAGAAAGAGCGUCAUGUCCUUGGCUGAGGCCGGGAAGCUCUACCGCAAGGACCUGGAGAUCGUCCUCUGCAGCGAGCCCCCCAUGUAAAGGGGGCCGGGGGGCGGCUCCCGCACCUCCCCCCCACCCCGCCCCUGCUGCCCUGCCCCGGCC